AUGCACCGCAACGCCUCGGUGAUCCGCAACGUGGUCAAGGCCAUGACGCCCUUCCGUUCAGACACCAUCGUCCUCGUCGUCUCCAACCCGGUCGAUCUCCUCACCUCGAUUGCACAGGAGCUUGCCGGGCUGCCCAAGUUCCAGGUCUUUGGCUCCGGGACGUUCCUCGAGUCGGUCCGGAUCCGGGGUUUGCUGGCUGAAAAGGCCGGGGUGGCCGCCAGCUCGAUCCAGCUGUUUGUUUUGGGCGUUCAUGGCGACGGUCAGGUGGUUGCUUGGUCGUCGGCGACCAUCAACGGCAUCCCCCUCGACAAGGUGCUCUCGCCCGACACGUUUGGACAUCAGGAGCUUGCAAAAGAGUGUAAAGAGAGAGCCGAGACCAUCUUCACGGCUAAGGGGGCCACGCCGUUUGGGACUGGGUCUGUUGUGGCGAGUAUCUGCGCUUCGAUCCUCUUCGACAAGAGGGAGGUAAGGCCCGUUAGCCAUUUUCAGCCGGAAUUCGAUUGCUGUUUCAGCCUGCCGGUGGUUCUGGGGAGGAAGGGGAUCAUGAAGACGAUUGAGAUGCCGCUGGGGAGUGACGAGAAUGCCGCCAUUGCUAGGUCUGCGCACCGGCUGAAGAGCACGAUAGAGCUUACGGAUAAGAAGUGA